AUGCUGGCAUGGCUCCUGGACCACCCGAAAUUCCUUAGCAAUCCGCUGUACAUUGCUGGAGAUUCCUAUACUGGAAUUAUUGUUCCACAGAUUGUUCAAAGAAUAUACGAUGGUUUAAAAUCUGGAAUUGAGCCACGCUUAAAUAUUAAAGGCUAUGUGGAAGGCAAUCCAAUGACUGACAAAUAUGCAGACUUCAACAAUAGAGUGGUAUAUGCUCAUCGAAUGGGGCUUUUAUCAGACAAUUUGUACAAGUCCACAAAAGUAAGUUGCGAUGGGCGUUACAUAGAUGAACAUCCGCAAAAUGCAGCAUGUCAAUAUGAUCUUGAAAGAGUAUCAAAGUGUACUGAAAAGAUUUAUAUGGAUCAAAUUUUAGAACCAAUGUGUAGCAAUGAAAAUUUACUGAGUCUAAAUGUUGGUGAAAAUCUUACCAGUCUCCUUUUACUGCAACAGUACGGGUGCAGAGAUGAUAAUUAUUUGUACUCCAUUUGGGCAAAUAACAAAAUUGUCCAGAAAGCACUUCAUGUGCGUGAGGAAACAAUAACAGAGUGGGUCAGAUGCAAUGAAAGCUUGAUGUAUUAUGAUUUUGGUAUGGAGAGAACUGAAGCAUAUGCUUUUAAUGUCCAAAGCACUCUUCACUAUCAUCGGAGCUUCACUAACAAUUCUUGUCGAGUUCUAAUCUACAGUGGGGAUCACGAUAUGGUUGUUCCUCAUUUGAGCACAGAAGAAUGGAUAGAAUCCUUAAAGGUUGGGGUUGAAGAUGAGUGGAACCUUGGUUUGUUGAGGAUCAAGUAG